CAGAUGUCAAAGUCAGACAGGGGAGGGAAAGACCAACACACACACACACACACACACACACACACACACACACACACUGUGCGUAUCAUGAGGGAUUGUUUUAGAGAGGAGAGUCAGCCAGACAUCCCAUGAGGCAUCUGCCUUUCUCUGCACAGCGCUAAUUUUCUCGGGCUGCCUGAGCCCGGAGCUUGUGAUCGCUCGUCACCGCAGCUCCACCGAGGGAACAGGAAGCGAGGAGGGAUCCUCAAACGCCACAAAAAGAGAGAGGAUAGACAUGCACAGGUGCUGCUAGAGAGAGAGAGAGAGAGAGAGAGAGAGAAAGAGAGAGAGAGGGAAGGGAGAGAGAGAGGAAGAAGAGGGGGGAGUGAGGGGAGGAGGAGGAGGAGACUUGCUUCACAGGGGGAAUAGGAGCCGGAGAGCAAUUCCAAAACAGCUGUCCGGCAGACGUCCCAGUCGACAGAAGUGCAGCCCCGAGGCAGAGACAGGAGGCAGGGCAGUGUCAACAAGCCACAGGAGCAGCACAGCAGCCACUGAACGCCGCACAUAUACAGACACACACAUCCACACAACCUGGGGGCUGCAGCUUUUCAGGACGGUUACCUGGGAAGGAACGAGCUCUCCGCAUCGGAGCCCCGCUUGGAAUCCCGUUUCCUGAUCGAUGCCGCUAUCGCUGAAAUUAUUUUUGGAGUCCUGUUCGACCUGCGUGUUCCUGAGAAUGUAACUGGAGCUUCUUCUCCCUGGGGAACUGUAACGUCCAGAACUUAUAGAGCCAUUUCCGACUUUUCCACCCUGCACAUCUGAGCUGUCUUCAGCGGUUGCAGCCAUGCCGGCGAAAGCACCGAUAUACCUGAAACCCACCAAUAAUAAGAAGGGGAAAAAGUGUCGCCUCAGAGAUAUUCUGUCCCCGGAUAUGAUCAGUCCGCCGCUCGGGGACUUUCGCCACACGAUCCACAUCGGCAGGGGCGGGGAGAGAGACGCCUUUGGAGACAUGUCUUUCCUCCAGGGGAAGUACGAGCUCCUUCCAGGGAAGGGGGACGUCCACCCUCAGUACGGCAUCCAGAGUGAGUUUCUGCGAGCCAACAGCACCGGUGAUGCUUCCUUCGCUGAGACUCCCUCUCCGGUGCUCAAAAACGCCAUCUCCCUCCCGACUAUCGGCGGCUGCCAGGCCCUCACCCUUCCCCUUAUCUCCUCCGCGGUGUUCUCCAUGCCCCCUGAGCCGCUGGAGGACAUCAUGGGGCCUGCAGCUCCCAUGAAACCCGACAACGCCGAGGAGGUGGAGAUCCUGCAGAUGGACGCUCUGCUGCGCUCGAUGGACGUCUUCAGCAGCGAGCCUUCGUCUCCCUCCAUGGAUAUCCAGUCGAAGCCUGACGUCCUCUUGGAUCUGCUGGAAAACGCAGACAAGUCCACUUCCAAGGCGGUCGCCAAAGCCAACAAAAUGAACAAGAGCGAGAGCAGAUUUGAGAAGCCGGCGUCCUUUUAUAUCAGCGGCCACAGCAACAGCAUCUACAAAGCUAACGGGAGCCUGAACAGCAACAUAAGCAGCGACAGCUUUGACAGCUUUAGCGGCAAAGGGGACUUCCAGAGCAAGAUCUGCAACGGCAGCCUUAACGGCAACGGCAACUGCAACGGCUACGGACACUUUAACAAUGACAUUACCCUGGGCUUCAAGCAGGAGCUCUCGAAGUGCAACGGGGAGUGGGUGGACAGGGACAGCGGGGUGGAGGAGGGCCGCAUCUGUGAUUUUGAGUUUGAGUUUUCCAAGGAGAAGAGCACGUCGCAGGAUUCCCUCGCCCAGAUCACGGGGUCGCUGCUCUCCCUCGAACUCGAUCUGGGCCCAUCCAUCCUGGACGAUGUGCUCAACAUAAUGGAUAAACCCGCAGCGAAGAGCAGGCCUUGAGCUGCGCCGAGGAUCCCAGGAGGAGAAAGGGAAUUUUUAAAACUAUAGCCAUGGAGAGAGAGAGAGAGAAAAGACUCACAAAGCAAUCAAAAUGGUGUCUGGAUAUAUCAUUAAGAUGAAAAUGAGCUAAAAUAGACGGAGCUGCUUAUGUUUUUAUUGUCAAAACAUAUAACUAUUCUAGCUUCUAUGGAGUGUUGAUUCUUCUUCUCUUAUUUUUUUGUUUGUUUGCCAUGCCAGCCGCAUGUUUAGGAUGCAUGUGAUAGUGAGUUACAGCUAAAACACAGCCAUCGUGCCUUUGAUUUUAAACGCUACAUGAUAAAUUUGUGUUAUGUUGACUUCCACUGGUAUGUACAAGAUAACUUCGAGGUCCUUUGCUUUUUUUUUUACACUCUCAGACAUGAACAUAUAGCAUUUUGUGACUUUAAGCGUGUUAACAAAGCACUAUUUUGUUUGUCACAUGAUUCAUUUCAGAAUGACAGAACACUAUGCAUAUUUGUGUUUGGUUUUUUUUUAAGUUGUAACACAAAUAAAUUCAUUUUUGUCCUA